ACCAGGACCAUUACUAACAUCCGCACGUGCGAGCUAGUAUUGACACGAGUAAUGUCAUAAAUACUUUUUCUUUUCUCUCUCUCUCCCGACAGAAACACAACAACAGUUUCUCUCCUUCUCCAAGCUAAUCAAUCUCUCAAGAACCACAUGGCCAACUUCGAUGGUCCAGGAUUCUCAAUGGUUGAUAAAUCUUGGAUCCAGACCAAAGCCAUUGACGUUGAACCCUCAACCGACAUCUCCCCUUACCUUUCCCGCAUCCUAGAAGACACCGUCUGGAACGGAAACAGAGCCAUCGUCUUCGACGUCUACUGGGACGUCGAGUCCGUUCACACAAAGUCCACGCGGCGUCUUUCCUCGGUGAAGCUAAGCACAAAGAACUUCUGUCUCUUCCUCCGUCUACCAAACCAGUUUAGCGACAGCCUCAAGGAUCUCUACCGCUUCUUUGCUUCCAAGUUCGUCACAUUCGUCGGCGUCCAGAUCCAAGAAGACCUUGUUCUGCUCAAAGAGAAUCACGGGAUUGUGAUCAGAAGCUCUCUGGAGAUUGGGAAGUUAGCUGCUGUGGCUAGAGGAACUCCUAUCGUUGAGUUUCUUGGGACUAGAGAGUUGGCUCAUAAGAUACUUUCGUGUGACAUGACUAGACUUGAUUCGUUUCAGUCUAAGUGGGAUGAAGCUGGUGUUGAAUUAAGCUUAAGACUUAAAGAAGCUUGAGAAGCAAGCUACAAGACCUAAUCCUAUUAUGUUGAGGAAUUGGAAGUUUUAAUAUAUUUUGAUGAUUAUCUAAGAUGUAUUAUUACAUAGGAUUAGGACUUACGAUAUCUAUAUAUAGAGAAUGAUGGUGUGUGCUAUAAGAUAUCGGAUUUGUGAUAUUGAUAGCUUGUGACCUAAAAGUUGUAAGCUUUGAUUGAAGUGAAUAAGAGAAGGACAUCUUAUUGAAA